GCGCACAGCAGAGCGACACACGGGACUAAACUGGUACCUGUUCAUACUGUUUCCCUCUUGGCGCCACUUCAUCUCACCUCACCAUGUUUACGCACAGGCAGUUCACCUCUCCGCUGCUUCGACCUCUGCUUUUGUCACAAGUUGAGCAUUUGCACCUUUAAACGCUGUUGUGGACUCCUCAUAGAACUUCUCCACAAGUGAAGCGCGCUGCCAACGCCACUACACAGGAGCACAGGACGAGAGAAAGCCGGACACUCGGAGCAGAGAGCCGCUGGCGCACCUCCUCGUUAAACCCAUGGAAUAAUCACUAUGGAAUACCACUGGAUACUCUUGUCUGUCUUUCUACACUUAACCUUUCACCCAGGUGACACCAAGCCUUCUAUCACCCCCGCCACCUCCAACCUGGUCAUCCACUCUCACCUCACCCUCGGGACGUACCUGGUGGUCGGACUCAACAAGCCCUUUGGCCUGCAUUGCCAGGGCGACAAGGUGAUGCACUGGAAGAGAGACGGCCGUUCUAAAAUGCGUAAUGAGGUACGGGUGGAUGGGAUGUCCACGGUGCACUUCCAGCGAGCUCUCAUCUCCCACACGGGACGCUACAUCUGCUCAGAGGAGCUGUCCGGGCUCCAAACAUCUAUCUAUGUCUUUGUCAGAGAUCCUGACAAUCCCUUCAGAAAAUCAUUGGUGGAUAAUUUAUUGGUGCGAGAAGGAGAUACAGUGACGAUUCCCUGCUUGGCGACGGAUCCGAGUUUGGAGAAGUUGCACCUACAAUCUUGCUCUGAUAAAGGCCUCGCCACUGGUCUACAAUACAGCACAAGUCUGGAGUUGGGUAUCACCAUCUACAACACACAGAAGGAGUACGGUGACUGCUACGUCUGCAAAGGAACACUGGCAGACAAGGAGGUCCAGUCCAUAAACUACCACCUCACUGUAAAACCAGUACCCCGUGCUAAGCCUGUGAUUGACAUGCACGCUCCAAAGCGCAUCAUCCUCAUCCGCGGAGAGAACCUGUCCCUCAGCUGCAACACUUCCAACGUCGACAGUGACAUCCAGCUCAAAUGGCUGACCCCGCCUGGCUCGCAACCGGGAGAGGUGAGCUCUAAAUCCAGUAUUGAGCCGGAGCCGAUCGAAUAUGUGUGCAGCGUCACCCUAAACAUCACGAACGCGACGCCUCAGGACACGGGCCGGUACCAGUGCGAGGCAGAGAACGAGAAGGGGGUCAGCUCACAGUCGCUCUGGCUCGAUGUUUAUGAAAAGGGUUUUAUUAACAUCACGCCGCAGAUGAACAGGACCCAUCACGUUCGCUCAGGGGAGAGUCUGACACUGAAAGUGGACAUGGAGGCCUACCCCAAACCACGCAGCUUCUCCUGGUCCUUCAGAGAGUUCGGCCUCCGCAACACCACAGACCAUGUCAUCACCACAUACUCCCAUCAGUACAGGUUUGUGAGUGAGCUGCGGCUAGUGCGGUUGAAGAUCGCGGAAAGCGGUGUCUACACUUUCAAAGCGACAAAUGGACACACUUCAGUAAACCAGUCAUUCACCAUCUUUGUAAUCAGUAAACCAGAGAUUGUUUCACACAUGGGGCCAGUGGAUGGUCAAGUACGCUGCGUCGCUGAAGGUUUCCCCGCUCCACAGAUCACAUGGUUCUACUGUGAACAGUCUUAUGUGAGGUGUUCGCAGCAGGUGAAUGCAACUCAGGAGGAGCAGAACGUCAUGACUGUGACCCUGUUCAGUCCUCUGUUUGGAAAGACAGAGGUGGAGAGCCGUGUGAACAUUAGCCGUGGACGCUUCAGCACGCUGGAGUGUGUGGCCACAGUGGAGGGAGAGCAGGCUUACAUGCUCUUCUCUAUCAGCGAGAAGACAGUCCCUCAUGGUUUAUUCACCCCCUUGCUUAUUGGCACAGCAGCAGCAGCAGCUGUCCUCUGUCUGGUUCUCAUUGCACUCUUCUACAAGUAUCUACAGAAACCCAAGUAUCAGAUCCAGUGGAAAGUUAUCGAGGGCAUCCAUGGAAACAACUAUGUGUAUAUUGACCCCACUCAGCUACCAUACGAUCACCAGUGGGAGUUUCCACGGAAUAACCUGCGAUUUGGAAAGACUUUGGGAUCUGGAGCCUUUGGGAAAGUGGUAGAGGCAACAGCGUAUGGUUUAUCCAAAGCAGACUCUGUCAUGACAGUGGCUGUGAAGAUGUUAAAAUCAAGCGCCCAUUCCACAGAGAAAGAAGCGCUGAUGUCUGAGCUGAAGGUUCUGAGUUACCUGGGGAACCACAUGAACAUUGUCAACCUACUUGGAGCAUGCACUGUGGGAGGCCCCACGUUGGUGAUAACAGAGUACUGCUGCUUUGGAGACCUGCUCAACUUCCUACGUAAAAAACGAGAAUUCUUCAUCUGCUACAAGAACGAGGAGGACUGCUACUACCGAAACGUGGUGCUGCAGCAAGAGGCCACGGGUAAGGGUGACAGCUUGAACGGCUACAUGACCAUGAGGCCUUCUGUCGCUGGCACGCACCCGCUCACGUCCGAGAAGAGGCGCUCGAUACGGAAAGGUGGCUCCUACAUUGAGGCAGAUGAAGAAAGCGAGAUGUUUGAAGAAGAUGGUCUGUCCCUGGACACUGAGGACCUCCUGAGCUUCUCCUAUCAGGUCGCCAAAGGCAUGGAGUUCCUGGCUUCCAAAAAUUGCAUCCAUAGAGAUCUGGCAGCCCGAAACAUCCUCCUCACACAGGGAAGAGUGACUAAGAUCUGUGACUUUGGUUUGGCCCGGGACAUCACUACAGACUCCAACUAUGUGGUGAAGGGGAACGCGCGUUUGCCAGUGAAGUGGAUGUCUCCAGAAAGUAUCUUUGAAUGUGUCUAUACUUUUGAGAGUGAUGUGUGGUCUUAUGGCAUCUUGCUCUGGGAAAUCUUCUCUUUAGGAAAUAGCCCGUAUCCAGGGAUGCCUGUAGAUGCCAAGUUCUACAAAAUGAUAAAAGAAGGAUACAGGAUGGAUGCUCCAGAAUUUGCUCCCAAUGAAAUGUAUCAGAUUAUGCGAUCGUGCUGGGACCCUGACCCCGUCAAAAGGCCCCCCUUCAGGAAGGUCGUGGAGAGGAUCGAGCAGCAGCUGUCUGAUGCCACUAAACAUAUUUAUCUGAAUUUUAGCUCGAGGUUCACACUGACGCCGAGAUCUACAGAGAAGCCGGGCUCCCAAAGUCCCGGCCUGGUCCACACUGUUAACUCUCCGAAUAACAAUGACCCCCAGACACAGCCCUUACUGGUCCAGCAUGAGGUCUUCCUGGAGGGAACUACUCUGACAGCCCAGCGCGUUUAGCACCGGACAUCCCACCAUGGCUGUCCCAUAAAGUGCCUGUUAAAAAAGAAAAUUCCUCCUCCAACGCCCACCGCUAUGCCCGCUCACUGCUUUGGUACCUGUGGUGUUAUUGCCAGAGAUGAGACAGAGGCAAAACAGACCAAGAUCUGUGGCUUUUAUUGUGCGUGUUACAUUACAGCCUGCUUGGUACCGGGAGGACAUUUAACAGACUAUAUUUGCUCCCUUGUUUUGGGGUUUGGCACAAAGAGGUGGAAAAGCUCCUCCAAAACUUUCAACUAUCACAUUUAUGACUUUUUUUAUUUGUCAGUUACAGUUUCCUUACACAUUUCAUAAACCAUAUUUUGUUUCUAUUGUUUUUUUUUCUUUUUAUGUUGGGUUCUGUUACUUUACACUGUUUCUGCCAUGCAUCCAUGUAGCACUUGAUACUGGUUGCAAUUCUCUGAGGAAAUUAAGCACUCAAGGCACUUCAUCGAACUUUCCACAUAAUUUUUCACACCACGAAAUGCAGCUUUCUGUUAAGUUUUUUCUUUGUCAUCAGUAUUAUUUUCACCUGUUCAGUUCUGUUAAAAUGAAGGACAUAACAGUAUAUUUGGGGGCCAAUUCCUUUGAAAUAAUGAUAAAAAUACUAGUAUAUAAGCUAUUAGACAGGGAGAGCAGACAUGCUGGUGUACCUAAACAUAGCAAAUUCAUUUGUAACUUAUAUGGAUUAGUCUACCAAAUGUCAAUGUCUUAAAAUGUAUGUUUUAGAUUUGGUACGCUAGCUUCAAGUGUGUGCUUGUUGACAUUUUAGUGGGUGGCAAAGCAAAGAUGGAGAUUAACUUUUGGAGUUUUGUACAGUUUUUAAAUUAGCACUGUACUGACACCGGUAUAUGACUAUUGUUUACAAAAGGCACUAAACCAGACGGUACUGCCAUUUUGAGAUGAGUUUCCCUUUCAUUUCAACACAAUGAUGAAGGAAACUUUUGUGUAGAUAGAUUGUGUAGAUUCGUACUAUAAAGUUGAUACAAUCAGGGUCAUGUGAAUGCCAUUUUAAAGUGGACUGCAGUGAGGACUGGUAAAGCUACAGGGGUCCAAGCCACAACACUUGGUUUAGUGUCGGUCUUAUUGUUAUCCGGCCAGUAGCAGUUUUCCCAAUUUUCUCCAGCUGUUUCCUGGCCCAGCUUUGGGGCUUGAGGACCUCUAUGUUCAUAGGACUUCCCCAUUGGUGGAUGUAAGUGUCCUGUAUGUGUGGAUAGACCUAUAUAGUGUGUGUAUGCAAGUGUAUUACAAGUGUUAUAAGGUUUAAAGAGGUGCCACUCCUUAUCAUUGUAUAGGAACCCACAGUCUCUAUUCUACAGUCAAUGUAAAUAUUAAUGUACGUAUUAUAUUUUAAGUUGAUGCUUUUUGACAAAUUAAGAUAUGGUACAUUGGUGCAGAACAUUUGAUGCUGUAUUUUCUUAGCCUAAAUGCUUUCAGAAAUUUUGAUUGUAACUGGAGGCGCUCCCUGUGUGUCAGUCACCAUGGAAACUUAACAAAAAAUCACAAACUUUUGGCAAUUUUCUUGACUUUAACCGUGGCAGCGCUUGCAUCGGUCUGGUUAUAAUGAGGCUCACUAUCACUGUCUAAAGACACAGUGAAACAAGACAAUUUUUCUUGUGACAGUUUCCUCCUCCUCCUCCUCCUUCUCCUCCUUCCUUGCAGAGGCUUUAUAUUUAUUUAACCUGAGGCUUUAGUGACACUGUGUACAUUUGAUGUGAUGCUAUUAAAUGUGUCAAUGUAAAUAAAAGUGUUACAUUUA